CAACAACUGGCUGAAAUUGAAGGGUGCUUCCUCACCCGCUUUUUCUCAUCCUUCUGCCUUCGCCUCUGCCUCCCGCGAUACCCACCCCACCACCACUUCGCAUCAUCGGAAGCUACUGCCUCACCACUACCUCUACUCAACAAAAUCGGAUCCACAUUUAACGAAAUUUUGUCCAAGCAUAAGUGUUGGCGCCCUCUCCCGCCUUCUGCUGCCAUUGUGAUGUUAGCCGGAGUGUUGUCGCUGCAGUGAAGCAUGGUCCAGCUUGGGUGUGCGGCGGCGCCGGCCGCCGUGACUCUGAUGACGGCGUGCUAGCUUUUGGACUCCUUUUUGCAUAGUUCCGUCCAAUUGAAUAUGGGGUUAAGGAUUCAAAAUUGAAAUUUGUGGGAUAUGGGGAUUUUCAGUUUAGGGAUUGUGUGGGAAUUUCAUAUAAUGGUGAUUGAUGGUCUGCAAGGAAUGGAAGUCCCUAAUUUCCCAUCCAAUCCGCUUCAACCGCCGUUUCGUUUCCCACCACCAGAGCAGGAACCGGCAACCUGUUCUCCUUGUACACUCAGACGACCCGCAAGCGAUCAUCAGCAGCUUCAUCCCCAUGGCUAAUCCAUUUACCCAAAGCUCCUUCGAAGUAAUCGACUCUUACAAGGACAUGGUUCUGUGCGGGUUUGCGGAUGUGGGUCCCGCCGGCUGCGAUGGCGGAUUUUACAGAGAAUUGUACCGAACGUACUUCAUCUGCAAUCCGUUUACGAAGCAGUGGGUCGCCCUCCCUUUGGCGCCAGAAUUGCCAAUUGAUUGUGGACACUUCUUUACAAGAUUUUCUCAUGUACUAUUUUGUCAAGCCAUUUCAGGUACCUUCGCAAUGGCAUCUGCAAAAGUUGAUGAGGUACCAGUUGCUCUUCGUGCUCUCAAGGCUGUGAUUUCGGAUGAACUUUCUGAAGUUGUAGAGCCAAUCAUCCAACUUCAACAUGUUCCUGAUCUCGUCGUGCGUGCAGUGGUUUUCUAUCAGCGACAGCUGUUACAAAAGCUUCAACUUCUUGAUUCUGGAAUUGUGGCCAAUGAUGUUCAACUGGUUUCCCGUUUUCUAGGAAUUGACCGCGGAAGUGUUGCUUUCAAAUCCGAGUGCAACGAGGUUUCUCACUUUCUAAUAGAUUAUCAUCAUGAUGACGCGACCUAUAGAGCAAUGUCUGUAUAUCGCGUACACUUGAUGCAAGCAAUGAGAGGAUGUAAAACUGAAGUCGGGGCAAGUGAUAAGCAGCUAAGUGGAACUGCUGCACAAACCAUUCAAGGCAGAUUUGCUCAGCCAACUGCACUUCAGAAUGCUGCUCUUAAUGCUGCUGCUGAUGCUCAAGGUGCUAGUGCAUAGUUGGUGGUGUCGCAGAAUGCUCAUCCUGGUGCAUCUGUGGAUGGAGUUCGGAAUCCUAUUCUGACGCAGAAUGCUUCUUUGAAUGUUGCUGUUGCUGGAAGUGUGAAUCUAAACGGGUUAGAGUAGUAGCAGCCGCAACCUGUAGAGCAUAUGAUAGAGCAGUAGGGCACAGUUCAGUUCAGCCCUCUGGUAUGCAUAUAUAUGUAACCUGUAUUGAGGGAGCCGUAACUUAAGGAAUAAGAUCUUUAGCUCUUAGACUCAGAACUUCCACAUGGACUGAUCCCAACCCUUUCGGAAUCCCUUCUACAUUGGGACCUGUGGUUCUUAUCUCCUGGAUCAAGAGAGAACUAGAAGAGUUAUGGGAAGGAAGUACCCUACUCUGAGAGUCGUCAUGUAAAAGACCAAGUAGUGAUGAUUCAAGUGGAAAGAAGGCAAGUUUGAGAGCCACACAGAGACUUAUUAUGAUGAAGAAUUCUCUCUGUGUUGGUUGUCAAAUUUUUAAAUCUUGGUUGAUGGAUGCAUAUUAUGACCAAUUGAGAAUUGAAGAGGGACGGUUGUUGCAGCUUGUGUUAAAAUAUGUGUCGUUUCCCUGCUGUUAUGUAUACUAGCGAGAUCAUUCUUUGGUUUGUUUAUCGGUAAAUUAUAAGCAACAUCUUCUCUUUAUGCAUACUGUACUG